AUGUUUCAGCUCUCUGAAGAUGUAGUGAACCGAAUGAAACAAUCUUCUCAAAGUAAAAGGGACAACCAGAGAUUGCCCUUUUCCUCCAAUGGCACAGCUCCAUCUUCAACAGCUGCUGAAGGGAAACCCAAAUCUCCUACAGGAAUCCAGCCGCCAAUGGCAAGUGUCUCUGGUCAGAAGUCUUCUGCUGCAGAGGAGGAGCUGUACAGGAGGUAUGAGCGAGAACAGGCACUGGUCCAAGAGGAGCUGCUCCGACUGGCCAAGAGAGAAAGGGAAGCUGCCAGUGAGGCCUUGAAUUUGGCUCUUCAGCGGGAGAGGAACAACACUAAUGAAGAGAGGCAGAGAGCGGCCCAGCUGGCCGUGGAGCUGCAAGGCAGGGAGGCAGAGCUGAAGCGGCAAGAGGCCUUCUAUAACGAGCAGUUGGCCCGCAUUGAGAGGAAGAAUGCGGAGAUCUACAAGCUGACAUCUGAGCAAUACCAGGAGGCAGCCACCAAGGCGGAGGAGUGUAUAAAGAGGAGGAACACUGAUCCUGUCUGUGCAAGUCUGCAAUCUGAAAUUCUGAAGUGCUACCAAGAAAACAAGCGUGAAGUGCUCAAAUGCUCGGAGCUGGCUAAGGAAUAUCAGCGCUGUGUUAGUGCAGCUCAGAAG